GUCUAGAGCAGAGGGUGAUGGGAGCUGCCUGUGCUAUAGGAAACACUUUUUAGGCGCUUGUUUUGUACUGUCCCUGGAACCCAACGCUGCAGCACUCGCAAUUUCACAACCAGCGUGAGUCAGCUGGGCCGGCUGCCGGACUGCGAGGGGAAGGUGGGUGAGGAGGGCUCCUCAGUCCCUGGGGGCAGGCAGGAUCGAGUGGUGACCAGAGAGCCCUAGAUGCGGUCCCUGCACCCGUAGGACAGGUGAGCGCCAGGCCAGGCUGGCCGCUGGGUGGAGCCGCGUGAGCCACCCUCCAGGGCGCCCUCGCCACUGCACAGAUUGCAUCUGGGUAUUGGCAGUCACCUAUUCGCCCGCCAAUGAAGUAUAUCCUGGUUACUGGUGGGGUCAUCUCAGGCAUUGGUAAAGGGAUUAUCGCCAGCAGCAUUGGGACUAUUCUCAAGUCAUGUGGACUCCGAGUUACUGCCAUCAAAAUUGACCCCUAUAUUAACAUCGAUGCUGGAACUUUCUCACCUUAUGAACAUGGUGAAGUAUUUGUUUUAAAUGAUGGUGGAGAAGUUGAUUUGGACCUUGGAAACUAUGAAAGAUUCUUGGACAUUAAUCUCUAUAAAGACAACAACAUCACCACUGGGAAGAUAUAUCAGCAUGUGAUCAACAAAGAGAGGCGCGGUGAUUACCUGGGGAAAACUGUUCAAGUUGUCCCCCAUAUUACUGAUGCUAUCCAGGAGUGGGUUAUGAAUCAAGCCAAGGUGUCUGUGGAUGGCAAUAAGGAAGAUCCCCAGAUAUGUGUUAUUGAGCUGGGAGGCACCAUUGGAGACAUUGAAGGAAUGGCAUUUGUGGAAGCAUUCCGACAGUUCCAGUUUAAAGCCAAGAAAGAGAAUUUCUAUAAUAUUCAUGUCAGCCUUGUGCCACAGCCCAGUGCUACUGGAGAACAAAAAACCAAGCCCACGCAAAACAGUGUCCGUGCGCUGAGAGGGUUGGGCUUGUCUCCGGAUCUGAUCGUCUGCCGUAGUUCAACCCCCAUUGAGAUGGCUGUGAAGGAGAAGAUUUCUAUGUUUUGUCACGUGAACCCUGAACAGGUCAUCUGUAUCCAUGAUGUUUCUUCCAUCUACCGAGUGCCUCUCCUUUUGGAGGAGCAAGGUGUGGUUAAAUAUUUUCAAGAGAGAUUGGGCCUGCCCAUCAAUGAUUGUUCAAGUAAUUUGCUUUUCAAGUGGAAAGCCAUGGCUGACAGGUAUGAGAGAUUGCAGAAAAUAUGUUCCAUAGCCCUGGUUGGUAAAUACACCAAACUCAGGGACUGCUACGCCUCUGUGUUCAAAGCACUGGAACACUCAGCCUUGGCCAUCAACCACAAGUUGAACCUGAUGUACAUAGACUCCAUUGAUCUGGAGCCAGUCACCAAAGCCGAGGAUCCUGUGAAAUUCCAUGAAGCUUGGCAGAAGCUGUGCUUAGCUGAUGGGAUUCUUGUGCCCGGAGGGUUUGGAAUCCGAGGAACAUUGGGAAAACUCCAGGCAAUUUCGUGGGCAAGGACAAAGAAGAUUCCAUUUCUGGGAAUUUGCCUUGGGAUGCAACUGGCAGUGAUUGAGUUUGCAAGAAACUGCCUGAACUUGAAAGAUGCUAAUUCUACAGAAUUUGAGCCAAACACUCCAGUCCCAUUGGUAAUUGACAUGCCUGAACACAACCCUGGCGAUUUGGGAGGAACAAUGAGACUGGGGUUAAGACGAACUGUUUUCACAACUGAAAACUCCAUACUGAAGAAGCUUUAUGGUGACGUUCCUUACAUAGAAGAAAGACACCGACAUCGCUAUGAGGUGAACCCUAACCUGAUCAACCAAUUUGAGAAUAAAGACCUUUGUUUUGUCGGUGAGGAUGUAGAUGGGAAGAGGAUGGAAAUUGUUGAGUUGACAAGUCAUCCAUAUUUCAUUGGUGUCCAGUUCCAUCCUGAGUUUUCCUCUAGGCCAAUGAAGCCUUCCCCUCCGUACCUGGGGCUCUUACUUGCAGCAACGGGGAAUCUGAAUGCCCAUCUGCAGCAGAUGAACAAGCUGCCAUACAGUGAUGGAUACAGUGAUGCCAGCGAUGACAGCUUUCCAGAGGCAAAGCUUGCUGAACUGGAUCUCAACUGAAGCUCUUUCUUGCCUCAGGAAUAGCAGAAGCUACCUAAGAGGCCUCUGAAGUCAUUAUACGGAAGAUGAAGGAAUUGUCUGAAGAAACCACCACACUGUUCCCUAGACAUGGGCUGUGAAGAUUCAAAGAGAAUCUGACAAUGUUUACUUCAUGCAACAGAACCAAAGGGGUCCUUUUCUUUUCCCUCCAGAGGCAGCCUGUAGUAGUCACACAUUUCUAUCCUUAAUUAAACGCAAUUCAGCAGCAAGCCCGGGCCCGGCAGAAAGUGGUUUUGUGUUUUCUCCAGGACAUAGUGAGUUCAAAGUGGUGAGCAGGAAGGGGGUGGGGAGAACUUUGCCUUCACAGUAUUACACGGGUAAGGGGCAUGUGCUGUAACCAAGGUUGGGUCUGUAGGUUAAUGUGGGAGUUAAGAUUAUUUCACGUUCUCGUUCUGUUUAUUUCCAAUACAUCCAUUUUCUCAAAUAUGAAAGGGAAAGAGGAUCUGAAAAUUCAGGAAUCAGGAUAAGUUGGGCCGAGUUUCAUCUCUUCAACCCACGCAGAGGAGCAAAUUGGCUCCAUGAGUCUUCUGACCCCAGCAUGCACACACAUAGACACGUAGACACUAAAAAACCUAAGGAGCAUUAAAAACAAAACAAAAAAUUUCCUUUUUAAUUCAAAUUACUUUUUACUAUUCUUUUGACAACUUCAUACAUAUAUAGAAUCAUUUUAGUCAUUUUAAUCUUUUCAGAGCACCUUAUUUAUUUCUUUGUUUAUUUGUUUAUUUAUUAUUUUUCAUAUCCCAGUCACUGCCCCAUCUUUUUAUUACACUCUCAUCCUGUUCUCACUGAAACCCUUCUUCUCAAAUAAGUCCCUCUUUUAUUUUCAUGUCUUUUUUGUUGCUUUGUCUUUUUCUUAUUGAGACAGCAUCUCACAGCAUAGUGCAAGCUGACGUGGAACUAACUGUGCAGUCCACUAUAAUCUUGACUUACUGUCAUCCUCCGGCCUCGACCGCCCAUGAGUUAGGAUUAUAGGUGUGACCUGGUCUCCUCUGCUCAAGAUCAGCAUUUUUGUUUGUUUGUGUGUUUUUUUUUUUUGAGACAUGUUUUCGAUACAUAGAUCUGGCUAUCCUGGAACUCACUAUGUAGACCAGGCUGGCCUCAAACUCACAAAGUUAUGCCAGCUUCUGCCUCUCAAGUGCUGGAGUUAAAGGCGUUGUAUACAAACACGCUUGGCUAACAUUUUUUUUAAUUGGAAAAAAUAACAAUUUUAAAGUGAAGUAUGCAGUGUCAUUUAUUGAUAGUGCACAGCUCUCAGUUUUAUGAAAUUAUUCCAGGAAUAACCUCUGUUCCCAUCAGCCGUCACUCCGGAGGCAUUCUUCUAUGCGCAUCCCCUGGCAACAGUUACAGCCAGAUUGAUCAGGGCAACUUGGAAAUAAAAGAAAUCACAGACCAACCUCUACAUGGGCAGACUUGUACUUUAACCAAAACAGCUGAAGGACACCUGUCUCCCCUUGGGAGUGAACACUUGUGCGCACGUGGCACGGAAGGGUUGGGGACUUCAUAGAACAGAAAAGAGGACUUUGGGCAUGGAAGAUUCCACCUGCAAGCUCAAAGCUCAGUUUCCCGAAGGCUCAAAGUGGCAGAUAGCAGGGGAGGUUGGUAUGCUGAUCCUCUUAUCAGGAGCAUCCUGACUCCUGACCCCCACCCUCAGGAUGUUUAUCAGUAAAGUCAACUUUCCAGUCCAGAGUUUCUCAGCCCACUGGAGACUUUUUUUUUUUUAAAGAUCAUUAACCCUUCUUUCCAGUCCUUGAGGACUGAUUAGAAGUAGGGAGUUGACAUAUUCUGUCAUUGGCUGUUUUCUUCAAGAAGAGGGACAACAGGGACAGGAGGGAGUGUGGAUAGGCUCUGUGCCCAGGACCUAAGGGGGCAUAGGCAGGAUUGACUUUUUGUAGCAGGAGGAACAUUUUAACUUCAUUGGCUACAGUGGAUUCUGUGGUUGCCUUUCCUAGAAGACUCUUGGGAAACAAUUAGCUGGGGUGAGGGUGAGGGCGUAUAGUAAGAUGAGACAUCAGACUGGGGACCCAGUAGGCAAUCUUAGCCAGGGGAGCUAUUUGCCCUAAUGCUAACCUAGUAAAGGCAGUGACUUAAUCCAGGACGAAGUUCUGUGGAAAGUUUGAAAGUUAGGGUAAAACCUAAGUAUGAGGAUUAUUAGAGUUAGGAGGGAAGAAGUGACCAAGGGGAGAACCUGAGUGGGAGGGACCCAAAGGCCCUCCAUGGUAGGGCCGUUGUUUUAGGAUUACUACUGCUAUGAUGAAACCCCAUGAUGAAAGGCAAGUUGGAGAGGAAAGAGUUUCAUAGUACACUGAGGGAAGCCAAGGUAAGGACUCCGUGGGGAACUUGGAGGAAGGAACUGAUGAUGCAGAACCUAUGAAGGAUUGUUCUUUACUGACUUGCUCCUCAUAUCUUGCUCAGCCUGCUUUCUUAGAGAAGCUAGGACCACUAGCCCAGGUGGGAUACCACCUACAAUAGGCUGGACCCUCCGCGUGAAUCAUUAAGAAAAUGGCUAAUGGGCUGAUCUUACGGAGGCAUUUUUUUUUCUUCAAUUGAGGUUCCCUCCUCUCAGAUGACUCUAGCUUGUAUCAAGUUGAUAGAAAACUAGUCAGCACACUCAUCAUUGAAUCUUUUCUGGUCCCUAUGCCUUUGAGCCCUAUCCUCUAAGGAGUUUUGGUUUGUUACUGCGGAAGCAACAUUGUUCCUGGAGAAGGAUGCAGAUACCAUCUUCAGCAGUGGGCAGGAUUCCUAGUCUGCUAGCAUUUUGAAAUACUGAAGCAGCCAAAGAAGCGAGCUAGUCCUGAAGGAUGUGAAGAUGAUCUGAAAUUGCUUUAAGGUUUCCUGAGAGCUGGUGAGACAGCUUAACUGAUGCACGGAAGCCUCCAGUCUACUGUUUUAGUUCAGAGUCCUGAAAAAAGGGCCCAGAGUGGCAAGAAGAGGGAUGAGUUGAAUGGCUCAUUAGUCCCUCUUUCAGAGGUCACCCGAACUGCUUUUAGGAGGUUGGGUGCACAGAACUCUUAACUGCUUAGAGCUGACAAAGGGGUGAUGUAGGAAGGGCAGCUUAAUCAAGUGCCUCAGAGGAGGGUCCAUCUAAGGGGCCACCGUAAACUUAACAGAUGGCAAAGAUACAGAACAUAAGACAGCCAUUUGAUGACAACGUUUUAUCUCAGUUAGAGGAAACUGGGCCUAGAGAUUUCAGCAGAAAUAGUAGGCAUCGGGACCCCGCUUCUCACUGACAGCAGCCUGCCUAGCACUUGGCUGAUUAUCCUUUGAGUCUCUGUUGGGACCUGUAAAUCUCAAAGUGUUAGCUCCUUUGGUUAGCAUGCCAGUGUGGGAGGCAUGUGGCUGGGAACAUCUUUAUGUCCUCUUUGAAGCCAGUAAAUGUAUCAUGCAAAGACUGUAUCAAAGUGAAAACAAAACAUUAAAAUCACAAAAUAACA